AUGGAUUUUCACUCUGAAAGGGACGCGGCCGAGGUCAUGAAGGCCCUAGAGCAGGGAGGAGCCCUGAUGAACAUUAUGGAAACUGCGGUCAACGAAAUCCUGCCCACGGUGGUAGAUCUCACAAUGGCUAUCGGGGUGCUGUACUGGAAAUUCGGCAUCUACGCUGCGGUACCUAUGGUGUUCGCCUUUGCCUCGUUCCUUGGCCUCGAAAUUACAUCGUCGAGGUGGAACGUUGAGCCACGUCGUCAAUCCGCCAAGGCAGACCGCGAGCAAGCCAAGGUCAUGCAUCAAGCUGUGCAGGGUUGGACGACGGUAUCGCAUUUCAACAUGUUCGACUACGAGCGCAUGCGAUUCGGACAAGCAUUGGAAGCCAAGCUCAAGGCGACCUGGACAUGGAGUUUGCGCAACAUAUGCACAGAAGGCCUUGUCGAGCUACUGGAGCCCUUCACCCUUUUCACGCUGUCUUGCAUCGUUUUUUACGCAGUCUCGCAUGGUCGUGCCAAGACAGGCGACUUUGUCUUCUUGAUCGAGUAUUGGGGCUAUCUCAUUUGGCCGCUGAAGUUUCUUUCGCAAAACUACCGUUGGAUGAUGGCUGAUUUGAUUGAUGCUGAACGCCUGCUGUACCUCAUGCAGGCCAAGCCGACAAUCGUCGACUCUGAGGACGCAUACCCAAUUGGGCAUGUCGAAGGAAAUGUCAACUUUGAGAGCGUACGCUUCUCCUACGACUCCGUCAGAGACAUCGUUAAAGGUGUCAGCUUCUCUGCACUCCCGGGCCAGACCGUCGCCAUCGUGGGCGCGACAGGCGCUGGAAAAUCAUCAGUCGCCAAGUUACUGUUUCGUUUCUACGAUGUCACAGGGGGCCGGAUCACCAUCGAUGGUCAUGACAUACGAGACAUCACUCUCGAUUCGUUAAGGAAUACCUUGGGGGUUGUGCCACAAAGUCCCAUGCUCUUCAAUGGUACUAUCAUGGACAAUUUGCGGUACGCAAGGCUCUCUGCAACCGACGAGGAUAUUUAUUCCGCCUGCCGAGCAGCUGCAAUUCAUGAGAGCAUCAUUGGCUUUCCGGACGGAUAUGGCACCAAGGUAGGUGAGCAAGGAAUGAAGCUUUCUGGUGGCGAGACGCAGCGUCUGGCUAUUGCCCGCAUUAUUCUCCGAGAUCCCCAGAUCCUUGUCCUCGACGAGGCGACUAGUGCAGUGGAUACAAACACAGAAUCGAUGAUUCAAAGCGCCUUGGAAACCUUCAAGUCUGAUCGCAAACGAACUACAUUUGUUAUUGCCCACCGACUGUCGACAAUUGUCGGAGCUGACCAAAUCCUAGUGAUGGAUAAAGGACUGCUGGUUGAGCAAGGGACACACGAGGAGCUUCUGAGAACCGAUACCAUGUAUAAGAGACUCUGGAGCAAACAGCUUGCGCUAUGA